GCUGUUUGAAAUUAUCUAGGUGGUGGUGCUGGCUCUGAUGACUGUGGAGCUGUUUGGCAUGAUGGGUCUGAUUGGGAUAAAACUAAGUGCAGUGCCUGUGGUUAUCCUGAUUGCUUCGGUUGGAAUUGGUGUGGAAUUCACUGUUCACGUUGCUUUGGCGUUUUUAACUGCCAUAGGAGAUAAGAACCGUAGGGCUGUCCUUGCAUUGGAACAUAUGUUUGCACCAGUGUUGGAUGGAGCUGUGUCCACUCUUCUUGGAGUAUUAAUGCUUGCAGGAUCAGAGUUUGAUUUUAUUGUCAGGUAUUUCUUUGCUGUUUUGGCAAUCUUAACCAUUCUGGGAGUUCUCAAUGGAUUGGUGCUGCUUCCUGUUCUUCUUUCAUUCUUUGGACCAUACCCUGAGGUCAGUAAAACUAACAGUGAACAAAAGAAAUAAUAGUAUUGUCUUCGCACCCACACCUUCCAGAUCCCCUCCUCUUUUCUAGAAACAUUUUAAUUUUUAUA